UAAUGACGAUACCAGAAGCAGUACCAAGUGGAGAAUCCGUGGUACUUCAAUGCCAUUAUGAUCUAGAAGGAGACCCUCUUUACACCGUCAAGUGGUACCGAGGGCGAAGCGAGUUCUUCCGGUACCUGCCAAAAGAGUUGCCCCACACUCGCACCUUUCCCGGAGCGGGGGGACUGUCGGUCGACGAGAGGCGCUCGGGGCCCCAUCAGGUGGUCCUGAAGGACCUGACGCCUGCUAUGUCUGGCCGGUAUAGGUGCGAGGUGUCGGCGGACGCACCAUCGUUCGACACGGCCAUGGUGGCUGGAACACUCACUGUAAUAGAUUUACCGAUUGGGCCCCCCGACAUCUACGCCGAGAAGAGGCGCUACUCCGCAGGCGACACCCUGAAGGCAAGUUGCACGUCGCCCCCUUCGACGCCUCCAGCAAACCUUACUUGGUACAUAAACGACAACAAGAUAAACAAGAUAUUUUACUCGAAUCAUCCACCGGAUAGUCUCAAUGCAAUUGCACAGUCCAGAAGCAUAUCAAUGGAAAGAAUUGAUGAGCUUCACAAUAUUGGGGCUGAAGCCCUGCUGGAUGAUUAUAAACUUCGAAAACCAGGUCUCAAAAGGAUCCCAAGAAGCGCCCAACAAUCAAGACCCUACACUUUGCCGACCCCAAACAUUACGACUCCAUCUACAGCAGGGGGCUCUUCGUCCUCCAAAGGGGGCAUUCCACCAGAACGAAAGCGGUCCAAAAUAUAUCUAGAACUUCCCUUGGACGUGAGGGCGUUCGAAGACGGAAAAAUUAAACUCAGGUGCACCGCGGAGCUGUACCAAUUGUACAAGGCUAGCGGAGAAGUCAUUCUUGAGGAAGGACCCCGGUUGGCGCCCAUUUUGGCGACCAGGGACUCCGGGAGCGGCACAAUAGCCCACAAUGGAAUUAUAGCAUCGACGGUUGUCGGAGUCUUCAUAGUUCUGUGCAUUCUGCGGUAGCAAAUCAAGAGAAUAAAUUCGGAAAAAUAAUUAAUUAACAUAAACGAUUAAUUAAAAUUAAUUAAUUAACACACUAA